AUGGCGGCGACGCUGUGUUGUGGUCUGUUGAUUUUAGCUUUUUCUCCCUUUUACUUUUCUUUUGCUUACGAAAAUUCAACAGAUUUGACAGAUGAUUUUAAUACCAGUCUUCCAGAGGAAUCACAUUCCCAUAGUAGUGAUCCUGGAGUUGAUGGUGCUUUGUGUCAACCUUAUCGAGGAAUGACUUGUGUGCAGUAUUUGGGGAAUCGCAGCGUGUAUGUGCACCCAUCUAUGGGUUUGGGACGUAUGGAAGAAAAAUUGGCUGCUGCUUUCACUGUAGUUGCUACAUCUCAUGAUGUUUCUGCCCAGUGUCACAAGUACGCUAUUCCAUCCCUGUGUUUAUUUGCAUUCCCGCUUUGCGAUGACAACGACAGAACACCCCGACAAGUAUGUCGGGAUGAAUGUGAAGUACUGGAGAGCCAGAUUUGUAGAAUGGAAUAUUCAAUUGCCAAACGUCACCCCCUACUUGGACAGCAGCAAAUCCUACCAGUCUGUGAAGAUCUUCCCCCUGUGGAUUCUAGGGAAAGUGAGACUUGUAUGCGAUUGGGAAUACCUAAUGCAGUUGUUGUUGAUCGAGAGGAUGGCUGUUUCGAGGGCAAUGGUGAGAAUUAUCGUGGCACAAAAUCAGAAACUAUCUCCGGCCUAAAGUGUCAGCCUUGGAGUGAUCAAAUUUUCUAUCGCACCGCCGACUACCCUGAACUUGUUGGAGGCCAUAGUUAUUGCCGCAAUCCUGGUGGAAAGGAAGUUCAACCAUGGUGCUUCACCACGGAUCCUAAUGUUCGAAAAGAAGUGUGUGAUGUUCCCCAAUGUGUUGAUUAUCUCUGGCUCUACAUUCUUUUGCCUGCGAUUGCUAUUGUUCUUCUUCUUGGUAUGCUCUUGGGCCUAUGGUGUGUACGUAAACGCAGCAAGCCUUCUCCAAAGCCCACUGCAAAAAAGGGCACUGACAAUCCAAUGGAGAUGAAAGCUCUGAUUCCUCGUGUUCCUAAUGUUCGUGUUCCAGAAGUGCCACUUCGCUCAAUUCGAUUUCUGCAAGAAUUGGGAGAAGGGGCAUUUGGGAAAGUUUACUGUGGAGAAUUGAUGCAAGGAAAUGGAGGAGCCAAUAACAUCACUCCGGUAGCUAUUAAGACCCUCAAAGAAAAUGCUACACAAAAAACUCGCAAUGACUUCCAGAGAGAGGCAGAACUGAUGUCUGAUCUACAUCAUCCAAAUAUUGUAUGCCUUCUUGGAGUGUGUGUAAGAGAGGAACCAAUGUGUAUGCUGUUUGAAUAUAUGUCUCAGGGAGACUUGCACGAAUAUCUCAUUUUGCAUUCCCCGAGAUCUGAAGACGUGUCAGCCAGCAGUGAAGAAGGCACACCGCAUAUUCUUGAGCUGCCGGACUUCCUCCACAUAGCCAAGCAGAUAGCUGCUGGGAUGGAAUAUCUUUCUGGGCAUCACUAUGUUCAUCGAGAUCUAGCUGCGCGUAAUUGUCUCGUCGGAGAUCAUCUGACUGUCAAGAUCUCUGAUUUUGGCCUAUCCCGAGACAUAUACUCAUCCGAUUAUUAUCGAGUGCAAUCCAAAUCUCUGCUUCCAGUGAGAUGGAUGCCUCCAGAAUCCAUCUUGUACGGGAAAUUCACUACCGAGAGUGAUGUUUGGUCUUUUGGUGUUGUUCUCUGGGAGACAUUCAGCUAUGGUUUACAGCCCUACUACGGUUAUAACAACCAGGAAGUAAUAGAUAUGAUCCGUUCUCGGCAGCUACUUCCCCGUCCUGAAGACUGCCCAGCUCAUGUGCAUUCUAUGAUGGUUGAGUGUUGGCAUGAAAUUCCAGCUCGUCGACCAACCUUCAAAGAAUUGCAUACUCGCCUGUGCUCUUGGCAAGCUGUGCAUUCAAGAACUCUUAACACCACCCAGCCAAGUGCUCCUCCUCUACCAUCAACAGGCAUUCACGUGCCUGUAUUUCCACAGGCAAUUUUUCCUGACUCAAGUCCAAACAUACAGCACAAGUUGGGCAACAACCAGCAUCCACCACACAUUCUUUCAAAUCCUUUCCCAAAUGACCAAUUAAAUGUCAUGUCACUACCUAGGCCUAAUGUCAUGCCUCCUCAAGUGAUACCACCCUAUCAUAUGUCAGAUGGCAAAAUAUCCAAAGUAUGAAAGACAUUGCAUUUCGUUGGGUGUUUGCUCCUGUAAAACAAAUGUGCAAACAUAGUUUAUCAUUCAAACUACAAAAUCACUCAAGGAUGUUUUUCAAUUGUGUUGCAUGAUUGCAAAAUGUUUUGGUGAACUAUGGCAUUGAGAGACCAUAAUGCGAAAUUUUAUAUUUUGAUCUGGUUAAAUCUUAGAAUUUGACGAUUUUGUAAUCAAUUAGGAAUUGGAAA